CUCAUUAAGAAAGUUUCGGUGAAGAUUAUCGGUUUUAGUUUGAGUGAGAUUGUUUAUAUUUGAACCUCGUGCGAUGAAGAAUAACAAAAUGGUGAAAAAACGGGACAUAAAUAAACGCGCUACCUUUUUAAAGUUAAAAGCAGCACAAAGAUUAAAUAUAGCUCCGGAGAAGUGUCACAUUGGACAUAUUUUACUUCAGGGUAUGCUGGAAGACCCCAACAGCUUGAAUCAAAUCGACGGAGCAACAGAUGCGCGGGAAACUAAUAUCUCAGUGGCGAUGCGGUCAUGCCGGCUCGCCAGCGCUAUGGUAAACAGCGGAAUGGAACCAGGAGAUCCAGUCAUAAUAACGGGAAGAAAUCAUCUGGAUUUAGCGAUACCCUUCUAUGCCUGCCAUUUUAAUGGAUAUCCAUUAUGUGGAAUCGACCCUAUGAUUACAGCGGCUGAUAUGAAUGCUUUAUUUCCCUACAUUAAACCAAAAAUGAUAUUCUGUGAGCAAGAAAAUGUUCAGAAAGUCAAAGACGCACUUGCAUCCAUUAGAUGUAAGGCGCAAAUAGUGGUUUUUGAUGACUCUACAUGCGAUUUGGAAUAUUAUAUUAAGGAGAAAAAUGGAACUGAACGUAAUUACAGGCCGGCCGAGUUCGAUCACUCUAAAAUAACUGCAUGGCUUAUGUUGACCAGUGGCACAACCGGACAGCCGAAAGUGGCCAUUAUUCCUUUUGAUACAUUGUUAAAUGGCGUAUGCUGUUGGUGGACACCAUUCACAGAUGUGUUUGAAACCACUUUGGUGAUGGCUAAUCUACAAUGGAUGUCAGCGUUAAUGUUCUUUGUAACCGGAUCAGUAUUGGGAUACACUAGGCUACAAACUUCUGUACCGCUCACACCACAAAUCCUUGUCAUGCUCAUCAAUAAAUAUAGGCCGAAUGUGACCGCGUGGACGCCGUAUUUAUUGGGUCAAUUCCUUGUAGCAGCUGAAAACGUUUGUGACUUAUCGUCCUUCAGAUACAUUGCCAUUGGCGGCAGCGCCAUCGAGAAGCCAUUAUAUGAAAGAUUUAGCAAAAAAUGUGGAGCUUUUCUGUACUUAGUUUACGGAAUGACCGAGCUUUUAGUGCCUGUGUUUGACUUUGAUGAAAACACUCCGUUCGGUUCGACUGGCACACCUUCGACAAAAUACCAAUUCAAAUUAAUAGAUAAUGAUAAUCAAAUUGUAGACCAACCUUUAAAAACUGGUGAACUCUGGAUUAAAGGAGACGCAUUUUUCAAGGGAUAUUUGAAUAAUGCAGAAGAGACCAAAACUAUUUUAACUGAUGACGGCUGGUUUAAAACUGGGGACAUGUUCUACAGAGAUGAACAGAAUCUAUACUAUUUUGUAGAACGAAAAAGACUUCUCAUUAAGCACUUCGGCUUUCUGAUCGCUCCACUGCAAUUGGAAGAGGUUAUCAAACGUCACCCUGGCGUGCUUGAAGCUUGCGUAGUGGGCGUGCCGGACCCAGAGUGUAUGGAACUGCCCAUCGCUGCCAUUUUAAAAAAGAAUGGCAUGAAAGUUGACUCUCAAGAAAUAUUCGAUUUACUUAAAAAGGAACUACCCGAUCUGAAACAACUUCGUGGCGGUUUGUUUUUCGUAGACUCGUUUCCCGUCACGCCUUCUGGUAAAGUGCACAGGGCAAAAGUGAAAGAAAUGGCUUUGAUCACUCCACGCAUUAUGCCCGUGAAAAGUGAAGUUAAACACUAGACAUUAGUGCAUAAGAUGUAAUAUCGUUAAUAAUUAUUAAUAGUUCUUAAAUAUUUAUUACAUAUUUAUAAAUGCAGUGUAUAUAAUAAAAUUUACGGUAUCAUAUUAUUAUAACUAAAACAAUAGUGUAAAGAAUCUAUUAACUAUGUUUUAUAAUAUUAUAUGUAAAAAUGUAGGUUUCAAAUUAUUAUAAUGUUCGUCAAAAUAAUUCGCGAACCAUUUACAUUGCCCUAAUUACAAAAUAACAAUGUGUAGUAGGUAGUCACUUACUAGGUUUAUUAGCGUGCACGCGUUGUAAUAUAUUUAAUUUAAACAUAAUGAACUUAUUUAUUAUCUUACUAACAGGUGCCAUUAAAUGAUUUUUAGAUUCGUGGUUUAAAACUAUGAUAUUAUACAUAAUGUAUAUAAAUAAAAUAGGUUUACUUUAGCAAUAAUUGUGUUUGUGUUCUAUUUUUAAUAAUUUAAGAUGUUUGUAACUAAUAUUACUGUAAAAUAUUAAGAGAUAAAAAUAAAAAGGUUAAAGCUCUUACUUAUAUACAAGCUUUUUAAUGCAGGUCUCUGAAUGAGAAUACGUUCGAUCCUGAUACCUUAAAUGCCAAGCAAGCAAAUAUAUGAUUAAAAUUUAAUCGGUGAAUACAGCCAAUAAUUGUUCCCUCUCUUUUUAUCGAAAACAUAAUAAAAAAGAAAUGUUAUAAUGAAAUUCCAUUUUAAUAACAAUUUUUUGUACUUAUAAAAAUAUAUGUAAUCUUUGUAGUUUUGGUUUAGGAAUACAUACUACAAAACAAACUUUCGUAUAUUCUAUAAUAUAAAGCUGAAGACUGUUUAUUUAUUUAAACGCGAAAAUCUCAGAAACUGCUAGGACGAAUUUAAUUUUUUUUAAUGUUGGGCAGCCCUUUUAUAUAGUAUAUAAUAGUUAUCGACUCAUUUUAAUUAUAUUAGUAGGUAUGUAGUGACGAAAACUAUAAAGUUGAUAAGCUUAGCCCAUUAAAGGAAAUGCUUAAUAAAACAAAAUAAAAUAAUACGAAAAAUACUUUUGUUGGCAUCAUUUGACAAUAAUUUCUUGGGAUUACAUUUUACAGAAAUACUUUUGAAUGACAUUAAAAAUCGCUCCGCAAAGUUUUAUUAAAAUGUUCUGUCUGUUAAUUGAAAAUUGUUACAAAGUAGAUUGUUUCGAAAUGCUCUUGUUCAUUUAGAAUUGGCAUAGAUUUGGGUUUGAUUCUUAUACCAGGCAAUUCGUUACGAGGGUUUCAAAAGAUCAUCAGCAUAUAGCAGAUAUCUUUAUUUUUUAUUAGCUAUUUGACAUAGUAUAUUGUAGGAAAUAAUAAAAACACUAACCAAACUAUCGCGGCCUAUACAACUUUAUGUAAUAUUAGAAACAGAAGCAAUUUUGUUUAAAAAUAAAGAGA